AUGCCUGAGCCAGCAAAGCUCGCUGCUCCUAAGAAGGGGUCAAAGAAGGUCGUGAAGAAGCCAGCUAAAAAAGAUGGAAAGAAGCGCCACAGGAGCUGUAAAGAGAGCUAUUCCAUUUAUGUGUAUAAGGUUUUGAAGCAGGUUCACCCUGAUACCAGGAUAUCUUCUAAAGCCAUGAAUAUCAUGAACUCUUUUGUCAAUUAUAUUUUUGAGUGGAUCACAGGAGAAGGUUCUCGUCUGGCUCAUUACAACAAGAGAUCAACAAUCAGUUCUCAGGAGAUUCAGACAGCUGUGCGGAUGUUGUUGCUUGGUGAGCUGGCUAAACAUGCUGUGUCUGAGGGCACCAAAGCUGUCACCAAGUAUACAACAGAGCGCCUCAUUGGCCCUCUUCAA